AUGAUGAGAUUUGGAAACAAUGUAUAUCCACAUAAGAUCUUGCAUAAAGACCAUGCGGACACCGAAUUGAUCGAUUAUUCAAGUGAAAUGAGACCAGAGCAUUGUCCUCUCAAUUUGGAUAAUCCGCUUGAUUGGCAAUUUUCGAUCGAUGGAAACGUCUACAAAUCGAACUAUUCGAUAAUUUCUGAGAAGUGUCGAGAACGAUUGAAAGCCAAAUAUUUCAUUGUCAAUCGGUCACAACUCGCCAGAAUAAAUACAAAAGUUCUGAAAGAAACUGGCGAGAAAUGGGUGAUGCACAAAGCCAUCGACAGCAAAACUUACGUGAUCCGUUCUUUCCAAUUGUGUCGCUGCGAAGAGCCGGAGUUUUACGUUCUCGCCGAUGACGUCAUUGAUCUCGUUAUUCUGGCUCUACAAGCUCAAGGAGUACCGGAAGAGGAGUAUGAUUGUGAGUGUCUACUCCAACCAUUCAACAUUCAAAUUUCUUUCUUUUCGGCUCAUGUUGAAACUCUCCGAUUCAUGAAUUCAUCAUUCGAAGAAGAGCAUUUCAAUGUGAUGAAAUUCCAUGAUUUCGAGGAAGCAUUGGAGAAGUUUGACAUUGAUAAGGGAUCGAUUACUUUCAUUCCCGAUAUGAUUCUGAAACAGAAUUUUGUCCAAAGUCUCACUCAACUCUCUAUUCCAAUUACCAUAUUGAAUCGAAACGGAGACGAGAUUAUGACGGCUCCUCAAGCAGGAAUUCAUUUAUUUCAUUCAAUGCUUUGUCAUUAUGAUUGGAUUGGAUUUAUGGAAAAAGGAGAACCGGAAGUAGAUCUAACUAUGGAGUUGGAGGCAUUCUUCUUUGAUAUUCUCAAACAUUAUAUGGAUAUGAGAGAGACAACUCUAGUAUCCCGAAAAUACGUUGAAAUGGACAAGGAGAAACUGAGAAAUCACAGAAUCUUUACGAAAAUUCAAAAACAAGACCGAGAUCAUUUGUGGAAAGACGUGGAAAGCUUCCAAGACUUACCAGCGAAAGAGUACGAAAAGACAUGCAGUAAAAUGAAUUUGCCCGUUUAUUUGGUGCACAAUGUGCUUGAUUUGUGGUAUGCGAGACUUCGUUGGUUUGUUGGAUGCAUUGAAGUGUUCUUUACACGGGAAUCACACGAGGAGAAAUUGUUUUUGAUUAGUGAAUUGAGCCAGAAAUGCCCAGGAGAAGCGGAGCCAAUUACUCAACGAUUUUUGUCGCUGAGAGACGAAUGGGAAACGAACAGGCCACCGCUAUUCGCACAAGGCACGGAAGCUGUUGGAAAUAAAAAAGAGGAUGGAAAGAAAAUAAACGAAACCCCGAAAACAGACAAAGGUUCUGAGAAAACAAUCGGCAAACCAUCAGAAGCAACUGGGAAUAAGAAAACGAUUCCAAAACCGGGAUAUGUGUCUAAACAUCCUGGAGUUUCUGGACCGUCGAAAGCAGCCCAAAAGUCUAAAACUUCUCAGAAACAAGAAACUUCUAAGCUUUCUGGAAAACCACAAACAAAACCUGACACUCAGAAAUCCAUUGUCAUCAAGCCGUCGGAGCAGAAGUCUACGGAAUCUGGAACUCCCAAGAAUCUGCAAACACCGAAAUCGGUAGCUACGGAUAAGUCUAUGACACCACUAGAAGCAGAGAAGGCUGCUAUUAUGAAGAAAGUGACAGAGGAAUCGAAAGAAGUGAAGAAAACGAGUGAAAAAAUGUUGAAACAAAAUGAGAAAAAGAAGAAGUUGGAGGAGGAAUUGGCAAGGGAAACAGAGAUAUCCAAAAAUCUGAAAGAAACAUUGUCUGAAAAAGAGCGGCUUAUUGAGGAACUUCGUCAGGAACUGGCCAAUCUCUACAAGAAUGACACCUCGAGAUCUUCUACGUCUAGCUCCUAA